AUGUAUGCUGGAGGCGAAGUCGAGGGAUUAUAUGUUGGCCAAAGCAUUAGCGGGUUGAUUCUAGAGUCAGCCAAAAACGCACUGCUUGUAAAGGCAGUUUCUAGUCAGCAUUCGGGAGAUGAACAGUUCACCGAGUUAAGUUACGUUAUAAAUCAGAACUCGGAUUUCCAGAAACGCAACACGGAGCUUUCCAAGCAAGUUGAGACUCUGUCCCAACAAGUCAAAGAUGGGAAGAGUGAGGUUGCAAGCCUGAACAAGGCUCUCGAACUUGCUGCCGAAGACGGGCAGCGGAAGAAACCAAGGCGAGGAAAGACGUCAGUUGUGAAGAACUAA